AAGCACGCCGCCCGAAGCCAUCGACACACAACUUUGGCGCGCCCAAACGUUCCAACAGAGAACUUGGCGACGGACAACAAUAUAUACUCUCAAUAUAACAACCUCAUUUAACUUCAAAAUAUUUAUUUUCUAACAACGACAUCCUCCAGUGAGUUGUGACUAAGUUUUUUAAGUGAAUUUUACUUUAUCUGAACAUUAUCCGCGAACUUUCAGUUAGUUUUGAAGUUUACGUCGGCGCGACAACUCCGUCUGCCGAAGAUUUGUUCCAGUUUCAGUCCUUUCACUUCCAAAUCAAACAUGAUGUGGUGGGCUCUCUGGUGCGCUGUGGUGGUGGCGGGAGGCGCCGGCGUGGCGGCUGCACCAGCUCCCGACUCCCUGUCACCCCUCGACAUGGUACAGAUGGACUCCUCCGCGCCUGAUGACGAGAGCCUCGGCUACGCGAUGUCGCCGAUGGCUGCGCGCUACUCCGCCGGCGCGCCCUGGCUGUACCUGCUCGCUGACGUGCCCCGGGACUCACAGAGGCUGUCGGACCUGCACGAGGGUCGCGCGCGGCCGAAGCGCAAGAUGCCGUCGCUGUCCAUCAACAACCCCAUGGAGGUGCUGCGGCAGCGGCUGCUGCUCGAGGUGGCCCGCAAGCAGAUGCGCGAAGCCAACCAGCGGCAGGCCGUCGCCAACCGGCUGUUCCUGCAAAACGUCGGCAAACGAGGAUUCUGGGCCAACUCCGCCUCUACCCGCUACGACAACUAGAGCUACCAGCGACUGACUCCUUUCUGUUUCCCGCGAGCUGUCGCCACUGCCUGGCUGGAAAUAAGAUAUUACGUCAACACACCACUAGAAAAACCUCUUUAGAAAUCUACGCCAUUAAAUAAAAACCAUAAUUUUUCUAUAAGUAAAAAAUAGCCAACGUUGUAGUAAUUAAUAACAACAGUGGUAUAAAUAUAAUGAAAUCUAUAAUAACAUAUCGAAGUAAUAAUAAUGUACGUAGUCUCCAUCCGAUAGGUACAAUAUGAAAUGUCUACGUCGUCUUUUGUCAUCUUCAUUAAUUAGCUUGUCCUUGGAACGUUAAAUACAAUUUAGGAUUUAGUUGAUGGCAGCUAAAAGCUUAAUAUAGAUUAUGAAUACAUACUUACUGAACUUCUUACUUUGAAAUUCGCUUGCUGAAUUAGUGUUACAAAUAGACGAUAUGUGCAUUGAUCACCACAACUAUUUGAGGGGGAUACGCAAUAAUAAGGUAUGAAAAACAAAGAUGGCCAUUACCAUAGGUAGAAAGCUUUAUGAAGUAGAAGGUCUACGAAUCAAUACGAUAUUUGUCCGAUGUGACACUAAUUUAGCAAACGGAUGAUCCCUUCAGGCGAUUUCUUCGUAUAUUAAAUGGCGAUGUGUAAGCCGGUGUAUGUUAUCCAGCUCAACAUACACCGUGUAUGUUGUCGUAAUGCCUUGUUUGUUGUGAACACAGCUGUCCUAUCUAUUGUAUUUCCAUAAUAGUAUUUUUCUACGCUUGUUAAUUGUUGUUAAUUAGAAUAUUACGUAACUUGAAGUUACCGCAACCUCUGUAAUGUCUCCUUCAUAGAUUUCCUGAUCAUAGUUGUAUUUAUUUGUGCCAAAUAUCGCCAUUAUUAGAAUAUCGAUAGCGUUAUAGGAAGUACUUUUGUUUUCGAUAAAAAGCCAUUACUUGUGUUUACAUUAUUCUUGUCAGAUGUAAGCGUGUUAGACGUUUGCUGUUAGUCUCUACGUAAUUUAUAUGUACAGAGUAGUUUAAUGUACUAAUAUGUAUUUUUACGUUACAAAUUGAUCUCUUAUAACAUAUAAAUGGUAGGAAGAAAAUGUAAUAGUUCAUACAUUAUAAAUUACGUUU